AAGGAUUGGUUGUCAGACACCACACAGGAAAUUUGUGUGUCCAUAUAAGAAUUAUAAUUCAGAAAAGAUCCAAGAAAAAUUCAUUCAUUCCCCGGGUGGUAGAGAAAACCAAAGGUGUGAGAGAGAGGGGUAGAAGGAGAGACCAGCAUCCUGGAGCAGAGGUUUCAUGAUGACUGUGCUGAGGACAACAUCACUGCCCCUAACAAAGCCCAGCCAGGAAAAUGGAACCAAAAAUGAUAAGGCUGAUUUUGAAAGAGAUCAUGUAACUAUAGCAAUCGCUGGAGUCACUCUGAUAAUCUGCCUGUUGGGGCUGGUGGGAAAUGGAAUUGUGCUUUCGUUUCUUGGUUUCCGCAUUAAGAGGACUGUCUUCACCAUCUAUGUUCUCAAUCUGGCUGCUUCUGACUUUGGCUUCCUACUCUGCUUGGCUGUUUCUCGCACAGUACAUGUCACACCUUUAUUUCACUUGAAAGACUUAACGAAGUCUUUGGACUUGCUGCUUGUGUUCACAUACAGCACCAGCCUGUACCUUCUAACGGCCAUCAGUGCUGAACGAUGCGUGUCUGUCCUUUUCCCCAUCUGGCAUCGAUGCCACCGCCCAAAGCACCUGUCUGCCAUUAUCUGUGCCUUGCUCUGGGCUCUCUCUGGCCUGCUCACUGGAGUGAGUUCUAUAGUUUGCUUUUUAUUCUCAAACUAUUGCCUUAAAAUGGUCAUCCGACUCACUGGCACAAAUUUCCUGAUAUUCACUCCCAUCACAGUUCUGUCCAGUCUCAUCCUGAUCAUCAAGGUCCCACGAAGGUCCCAGGGAUCCCAGCCAGGAAAGCUCUACAUCGUUAUCCUGCUCAACGUCCUUUUCUUCCUCCUCUUAGUUGUUCCCUUCAGCAUUGUGACCUUCUUUCACAACUAUGUUCAUUAUGAACAUUUCAUCACUUCCAGUUUAUUGCUGGCUUCUCUCAACAGCAGCAUUAACCCGGUUAUUUACUUCUUUGUUGGGAGCUACAGGAAUCAACAAUUCAAGGGAUCUGUCAAAAAGGCGCUCCAGAAUGUGUUUGAAGGGGAGAUGGAUACCAGAGGAAAGGAUUAGUGUCAUGGAAACCUCUACGACAACCAACGUGGAAGACCCUAUUAUAGGUGCAGGUGUCUCUAGAACAAUGGUUCUAGGCACAUAGGCCACUUGCAGCCCAAUCAGCACCCAGCUACAUCCUAUGGAACAGUCUCAGGCCCAUAAAGGUAGUAUGAAUUUUAUGUGGCUGCAUAUGUGGCUCACAAUGAUUGGUUGAGAACCACUGAUCCAGAACAGUCAUAAAAUUCAAAGAAAUUAGAGAAGAGAAAGUUCCCCUCACUCCAUUCCCCUGUGUUCUGCGUAUCUAGAACACUGUCAUCCUCACUCAGAGCCCAAUCCUGGUGACACUGAAAUCAGGGACAACAUUUCCUUUGAAUUUAAUAGGAGCAGGACUGUACCAUUCCUUUUCCCUAGAACAUAAGAAAAAUCUCUGACCAUGAAUAUUUCUUUGCAUGUUCUAUUUCUCUAUAUGGAGUUAAUUAGCUUGAUCUGAUGUAAACAGGGUCGGAACAAACAGCCCCGACGUGGGAAACUUAGAACAUAUCUCCCAUCUGUAUGGGCCUGAGGCUGUCAUCUAGGUUGCAGCUGUGCCUGGUCUGUAAGCAGGAGCAUGACCAUUCAUUUUCCCUGGAAUGUAAAAAAAAAUCUCUGACCAUGAAUAUUUCUUUGAAUGUUCUGGUUCUUGAAUAUACAGUAAACUAGCUUGAUCUGAUGUAAGCAGGGUGUGAACAAACAGCCCCGACAUGGGAAACGAAGCUAACAGUAAUGACCAAAAUACUGCAAGGAUGGUGUUUUACUUAUUGUUUCUGUACUUUCUGGCCACUGGUGCAGCGUUUUCCCAAAUCAAUAUUGUGUUUUCUUCUCAUAAUAAUACUUUGUUUUUCUUAAACAUGGACUCAAUGCCUACAGUAGUAGAAGGAUUGAUUCAUAGAGGUAGCAGGGGUGGCAUUCAGUUUUCCCAGAUUCCUGGCAGGCAGAUUGUGCUGGUUCUGUUUCAUACGGUUUAGAGGCACCCCUAGAUGCUGAACCUGGUAAUUUUUGUUUCCAACCCCAUGUGGCAGAACGGUCACUCUGAUAACAAUGUGCUCUGAGGGUGUGUUCCUGUCUCUUCUGUAGAGGCUGUUUGCAAAUAGCUCCUCACCACCCUGUAAACUACAUUUGAUUAUCGAGGAGUGAACACCUGUGGAUUUGGAGAAAAUGGUUCCAAGAAAAGAAGUGAAAUCCCAGAGUGAAGCAUCCUGUUGUGAGAACUCUUGUGCAGGGACAAUCCCACAAAAUGUGCAGGAAGUCACUGUCUGCACUCUUGACUUCUGCAUCUUUGUCCUGGAAACAUUUCCUUAUAUUUAUACUAAAACAGCAAACUCAGAUGGGAGUUUAUCUAAACACAAAAGCUCCCUGGCAUUGUAGAGCCGGGUAUUAAAUUGUGCCUUCAGAUUCAGUCUCCCCAAUAGAUUCUCCCCUGAGACCAUUCUCCUCUUACACCCUACAGCUA